GCGCGCCACCCGAGGCUCCGGUCCCCCGCUGGAGGCCGGGACUAACGCUCCCACGCCUCCGCAGAAAUCGUGAACUCUUUCCCCAUCAGAAAAAGUGUCGAGGAAAGUGGUGGGAAACGACGCCGCCACUGCUCGAGCGUCAGGAGUGGAGGAGCCCUAGCCCCAGGCCCAAUCCCUCAGGAAGAGGAGGGAGGAGCACGGGAGGAGCCAUGCGCACCUAAGACCGCGGCAAGAACCCGGGCGAGAAGCCACGCGAGAUCUGGGGUCGGGAAAUCUCAUUGCGUUGCCUAGCGACGGACAGGACGCUCGCGGGCCCCCAGGCUAACCCCAGCUGUAGCCUCAAAUCUCCUACCAUGGGGGAAGAAGGCGGCGGCCGCAGCUGUGGGACCACUAGGGAGCUGCAGAAGCUGAAGCAGCAGGCGAUGGAGUACUACCGGGAGAACGACGUCCCGCGCAGGCUGGAAGAGCUGCUCAACUCCACCUUCUACCUCCAGCCUGCCGACGUCUACGGGCACCUGGCAAACUGUUUCUCUAAACUCGCAAAGCCUCCCACCAUAUGCAAAGUAGUGGGGAGAAACGUAUUGGAUGGACUGGGGCUUCCAACCCUACAAGUGGAAAUAUUCUGCACCAUUCAAAACUUCCCCAAGAACAUAUGUUCAGUGGUGAUCUCAACGCACUUUGAAGUCCAUGAGAACGCUUUACCCGAGCAGGCUGAGGCCGAGGAAGUGGAAAGGUCUGAGGCCGUCAGCACUGCUGUGCAGUGGGUCAACAAAACCAUCACGGAGGAGCUUCGGGGCAUAGCCCCCUCCAACCAGGCCGAGGUGGACCAGGUGCUCAGGACAUUCUUUGAAAGUAAAGUACAAGAAGAGAAGGAGAGAAGACAGCUGGAAAAGGGCCUGGAAGACCAAACAAUAGCCAUCCCUUCACCUCCACCUCCUCCACCCCCAGCAAGAAAAAAAGGACAAAGGCAAGGGAGGACAGAUACUCUUACAGAGAAGCCUAUCUUGCCUCCAGAACCUGUUGAACCUGUCCUCAGUGGCAGCAUGGCCAUUGGGGCAGUGUCACUAGCUGUGGCCAAAACCAGUGCCAUGCUGGACAAUAACCCCCUCUACUUAAAUAUUGCAUUACUGAAGCACCCUCAGGAGCAGCCGACAAAGCUAACUAUACCUUUGUUAAUGGUAUCUCUGGUCAGCUGUGGGAAGUCAUCACCCGGGAAGUUGAAUUUAAUGAAAGAAGUGAUUUGUAUACCCCAUCCUGGAUUAACAGCUAAACAAGGUGUGGAGAUGCUUCUGGAAAUUCAGAAACAUAUUAACAAAACAAUUGAAAUGCCGCCUCCUCCAAAAACAGAGACAAAAAAAGGGCAUAAUGGAAACAAAAGAAGUCAACAGCCCAUCACCGGCAAGAUGUCCCAUCUUGGCUGUUUAACCAUUAAUUACGACACCAUAGAGCAGCCGCUGCUCCUCAUCGAAGGCAUCUGUGCAAACCUGGGGCUGGACCUGGGGACCAAUCUGCAUCUAGCCAUCAACUGUGCUGCACACGAGCUGAUAGAUUAUAGCAGAGGGAAGUACGAAGUGAUGACGGGAACGUACAAAAACGCAGCCGAGAUGGUGGACCUGUACGGGGAUCUGAUCAGCCGGUUCCCUUCAAUUAUCGCCUUGAUCGAUCCUUUCAGGAAGGAGGACUCUGAACAGUGGGACAGCAUCUAUAAUGCUCUUGGUUCCAGAUGUUACAUAAUUGCAGGAACUACAUCCAAAAGCAUUUCUAAACUUCUAGAGAACGGUAACAUCAGCAUCCCCAAAUCCAGUGGGCUGAUCAUCAAACACACCAAUCAAACUACGAUGUCUGACUUGGUGCAAAUAACCAAUCUUCUUGACAGUAAGAAGCACAUCGCUGUCUUUGGAAGUACAGAAGGAGAGUCUUCUGAUGACAGCCUUGUCGAUUUGGCCAUUGGACUCGGUGUCCGGUUUAUCAAGUUGGGAGGUCUUUCUCGAGGCGAACGGGUGACUAAGUACAACCGCCUUUUUACUAUAGAGGAAGAACUUGUCCAGAAGGGAGCACUGGGUUUCAACGAGGAAUACACAUUUUUUUCCUUGCACGAGGAAGCUGAAAAGGCCACCAUGGCUGGGGGGCCGCCUGAGCUCCUAGAGCCCAUCUUCCCCACAGAAGUGAUGGAGGGAUCAGCCAAAGCAUGAGCGUCUUCUGGAUGGGGCCACGGACAACCCCGACUUAUGGCCACUUGAGACCCAUACAGCUGAGGUGCAUCUCCCGUACAGCUGAGGUGUUGGUUUUGCUCAAAAACGUCCCUAACUCGCGUGCUCCGUUUGACUCUUUGGAUUUCACUCUUUGGUAAAAUCGGUACGUAGCCCUUCGGCCUGAAAUCAUACGUGUAAACUGCGUCUUCUAGCCACCCAUUUCCGUGGGGAUUCUGUUUGUAUACCAGCCCUCCUGUCCAUUGGGGGGCCACGACCCAGUAAAAGAGCCCAACGCUUUUGCCGUUGACUCCUCACUGAGUGCAGAUUCUAAUUCCGUGCCAGAAAGCACAGGCGCGUUUCUGUAGUAGCCACAGCCUCACGCACAAGUAUGAGAGGCCACAGUCUGUGUGACCGCCAGCUUCCUCUUCCCUCCUUACCGUUAAUUCCCUUUUCCCUGGUUCCCUCCCCCAAAUUUUCGUCUUUAUUAUAUUACUUAUAUGCUUGUGCGUGUCCUUAGAUCCUCUUUGGAAAAAGAAAUCAGUAUAAAUGAACAAAACACAUUAAAUGAAUAAAUAACCUUAAGGUUCCUAACUGCCCAAUUAUUUAUACUACGGCCUCUAACAAACAGGGGACUAAAAAUGAUAUACAGGCUGACUGAAGUGCCCUUCGUAUAAGCCAGCGUCGGUGCUAUAGCAGAAAAGUACCAGAAACAAAUUUAUUCAAACACAUACCUAUAGAUCUAAUAGUGUCCUACUGCUUUAUAUAUAAUUUAGCUUCUGUUAAAAGUUACCAUUUGCUUUCCUCUAAAGCUAUGAAAAUUGUUAUGCACCGACCUGCGGGAGAGUUGGUGAAGUGUAGAUUUCCGAUGUAUUCUGUAUGUUUUUACUGAGCACGCUGAGAAGCUUCCCUUUUGAAGAGUACCCACGGGGAAACUUAAGGGCCUUAUGGUAAAGCCAAGGGCUUACGCUCAAAGCAACGACUGAAAAUUGGCUCAGGGGCGGGCUCUCUCAGAGCACACGGGGCGGCGGUGGGAGAACCAUGUCGCGAUCUGUGGUUGCUCCCGCCUGUCCCGGUGCUCAGCAACACGUGAUGGGGUGGGUAGGAGAACCUGGCAGGAAAAUUCAUUUUAAAGGCAGGCAGCACAUGACUGGCGUUCGACACAGCCUUCGCACGUAGUGACACGCACCUGAAAUACGGGGGAUCACCGGACAGUCUGCCCUGGACCAUAACACAAAUUAUAAUUAAAUGAAUGGAACCAGAGCAAAAAUAUGCAAACUAAGUCAGUAACUAAAUUAAAUGAACCAAAGACGUCAUUUAUUACCUCAACCGGGUUAGUGAUUUCAUUUGCACACAGGCACACACACAGCCUGUCCACCUUUUCCUAACUUGAAGCCCAGGGCCGCCAAUGGAGAGGAGCAUUCGAAUUCCUUCAUGUAAUGAACACUGCUUCUACUUACAUUUUCUCUCUCUCUCCCUACAUACAUGUCACUGUAUCGUAGACAUAAAACACGCACUAUACACACUAUAGAAGUUAUUAUUUAUAAAAGAGGUCAAAGAGACUAGUCCUACGUCCAUUGUGAAUGAAUGGGGUUGGGGAAUGUUAGUGCCAGGAAGAAACUUCCAAACCGAUCCAAUCCUUUCAACGAGGGCUGCUUGAGGAUCGUUCUAAGCUCCCGGAUGGUGAUGGACGGUGUCCCGUCUCCACAACUUACUGCCACAUACGCUGAAGUUGUUCCAGGACAGAAGUCAUUAAACACACAUGGGAAAAUCAUCCAGGGUUCUGUGACACAGACCAUCAUUUACCUGACGUACAAUCUAAAGAUGGUCUAGAAAGAGAAUGGAUGGUGGUGUUUUUGUCCUACUCCAUUUUUCCAACAAACGUGUUAUUGUGUGUUAACAAAGAGGCCGAGGAAAGAGGAAUUCCUGGUGAGUAGCCCGAGCCACGUCACCCGUCCUUCUCACUCGGGCAAAACAAGGCUGGCCGGGUACAGCCCUGCGAGGUCCUGUCAGUCAGUGUUUCCACGGGAUCGCCCAGCUGCUGAGAGCACGGUGCCGAGGACUUUGAGACCAGCCCAGGCACAAGAGGGUGUUAGAAUUUUAACUACAUUCUUCUUCUUUGGGGAAAGAAGGGAGACACCUUCUUUAAUAGCAAGAGCACAAAGUAUGUCUAUCCCUUUGCCUCACGCGGGCAAUAAAAACGCACCAGUACUAGUCCAAAACUCUGUAGCAGGUGAGACAUAGUUCCUGUUCCAAAACAGAAGAAGAAAUCAUUUUUUAGAGAAAACAAAACUUUAAAGUUGGCAGUGCCUUCCAACUUUAAAAUGGUAUAAAGAUCAUCUAUUAAUUUGCGGGUGUGUGCAAAUGGCUAAGAAUGACCUUGAAGACACAAACCCCAGUCUUCCUGUGUCCUCCUGUCCUGGACUAACAGCUUGUUGACAACGGCACCACAGCAGGGACGAACCUCCUCACAACUGAUGCGAAAGGGGCAAUACUGGAGGCAGAACAAGAGGAGUUAAAUCCUACAUCAAACUCCUCGAGAUCAAAUUAACUUUCAACGCUUUGUGAUCACGAUGAAGGAAAGAAAGUGGCUCGGACAAGACAAGAACACUUGCAAAGCCCGGUUGCUAAUCGAUGUCUGGCCCGGGGAGCGCAUCUCACCAAACAGGUUACCUUCCUACCCUGGAAAUGAGGGUGUUGCGUAAGUGCGUCACCCCCUUGAUGUGUGUGAUGACUAGGGAAUGACAAGUGUACGUGUCUUUAUGUUCCUAAAUGUGUGUAAAACACAUGCCGGCAGCCUCAUGACAGACACAGGAAGGAGAGCACGAAGAAGCACGGAGCAAAAUUCCUCAAAGAAACCAUUUUGCGGACGAUUAAAAAUCGCUGAAGUCAUCCAACGCGUCUGCAAUUUUCUUGCUCAAGAAUGACAAGUUUGGGGACGUAACCCCAAAAUCUCAAUAACCACAACUGACCUUUAAUG